AUGGAUAAUGUGUGGGAAAACAGCGGGAAGAAGCUGAGUAGGAAGGAGAGCUACAGUCUCUGUCCACAAAGUGCCGACACCGGCCCCUCCUCCAAAAUCGUGAGCUGCGCAAACCCCCUUUUUGCAAGUGAAAUCUCUGAGCACAUCAUGAAUGGGGCUCCUACCUGGCCCAUUACAAAAAGCAGUGCAGCUCCCGAGAGAUCUAAACCACCAAUACACCUGCUGCUGCUUCCUGGGGAACUGGCCAAGCACUGCACAUUGAAAGAAACAAAGGCAGUGACCAAGCAAACUGGCUCCAAGUUAAAACUCCAAACUGAAAAUAAGCAAAACACUGGCCUGCAAAGUGGCCUCUGA